CAUGAAAGACGUUCGAAUUGGAAUUUUAUGCUUUCAAGGAGCUUUCAAAGAGCACAGAUAUUCUUUUGAAAAAGCUACCCAACUCGUAGAUAAAGACAUUGAACUGAAAGUAGAAGAAGUCAGAAAACCUUCACAUUUAAAUGGUUUGGAUGGCUUGGUCAUACCUGGAGGAGAGAGUACGACAAUGUCCAUCUUCCUCAAGAUAGGGUUAAAGAUAAGGUUAGGGUUAGCCAUAGGGGUACUGAUGACGAUAGAGAGGGUAGAAGAAGGAAUAGAAAGAAGUCAUGGCUGUAGAGAUCAUGUUAGGGCGGAAGAUUUUAUGGAAAGUUUACGGGAUUGGAUGUCUAAAAAGAAAGCAAUGUGGGGAACGUGCGCUGGAUUAAUACUACUGUCAAAUAAUGUUCUGGAUUGGAAAAAUAACAGUCAAUCACUAAUUGGCGGUUUGCACGUGACAACAGUUCGAAAUUCCUAUGGACGGCAAAAGGAUAGUUUCGAAGCCAAGUUGACAUUGGACGAGGAGCUGGGAGGGGAAUUUCCGGGAAUCUUUAUUAGAGCCCCUUCGAUAAAGAGCAUCGAUUCGGAGGAUGUUCGCGUUUUGGCAACAUUAGACAGGCAUCCCGUUUCCGUUUGUCAAAAUCAACUUCUGGCAACAUCCUUUCAUCCUGAACUAACUGAUGAUUAUCGUUUUCAUGCGUUUUUCAUAAAUAUGUGUUUGAAUACGCCAUCUAUCGGUUGA